GAACAGACUCGAUGAAAGUGUCAUUCAUGUGCACGCAGAAAAGAACUCCACGAAGCUCAAACACCUUAACAAGGACCUUAUAUUAUAAUUUAUUGCUAAACUAAAAGUGAUGCCAGUGCGCAUUUACCGUUUUACGUCAUAAAAGCCGCCAUCGUAUCAAAGUUUAAAAACUUUUCGUUUGUAUUUUCUCAAACACACACUGAUGAUGUAAGGAUUCGAAGACCUUUUAACAUUUGAUCUACAAAUGACAGGUGAACCGAUUUCAUAUGAACCCGGUAAUUUUAUUAGCAGUCGCUGCAUUGCCCGGCAUUACGGUAAAUGCUAUUUGAAGCGACUGUACCACUACCGCACAAUGGAAGUGCCCCGACUUUAAAUUGAUUAAACGGCAGCUCUUGCGUAUCACCGACAGUUAUCUACGUGUCUCACCGACAGUUAUAUUCAUGUUUUGCCUGUGAAGUGAAGAGGAGUGUGAGGCUUGGAGCAACUAACUAGCUUUUGUUACAUUUCUGACGAGUCUGCUUGCUCAGCCAAAAACGCCGGUAUAGCUUUGUCAGCUAGCUAGCAAGCUAACAAGGGAGGCACCUGCUGCCCGGGCUGGGUGUGCAUCAUCCUCUCCACUAAGGACAUACUAUGGAGUUUCCUUUUGAUAUAAACCAGCUAUUUUCCGAGAGGGUAACCAUCUUGGACCAGACCCUUGGUGGAGGUCGUCUUACUCCGAGAAGGCCAAAUCAUCAGUCCCAACUUGUUGCUGUUAUCGACGAACUUGGAAAAGCCUCCGCAAAGGCCCAAAUGCUAACAACACCUGUAACAAGUACUAUCAAGUUGCAGUCCCAGCAGCAUCAACUCUACUUGAUGAAGGAUGGAGAAAGCAAUGGAGGACGUGGUGUCAUUAUAGGAUUUCUCAAGGUGGGAUGCAAGAAGUUAUUUCUGCUCGAUAAAAAAGGUGUCCACGUAGAAGCUGAGCCACUGUGUGUUCUGGAUUUCUUCAUUGCUCAGAACUUGCAAAGACACGGAUAUGGACUAGAGCUGUUCAAUUUCAUGUUGCAGGACAAGAAUUUAGAACCAGAGCUGAUGGCUUUUGACAGACCCUCGCCCAAAUUGUUGUCUUUUCUGGCCAAGCAUUACUGCCUCACACAAAGUGUUCCUCAGGUCAAUCACUUUGUUGUUUUUGAAGGCUUUUUCCUCAAUAAAGCAGGUUCAUCUUCAUCUCCUCUGACGGAUCAGGGGAUGUACAGCUUUUUUGGUCCAGUUGAGAAAAGUUUCCCUAAGAAAGCCGGACGGCGAGAUCAAACCUUACUCUAUAAUGGAGAGAGAAGUGGUACGUCAGGAGCAGAGGACUCUUCCAUGGCCGUUUGCUCCUCCUCACUCUCCCCAGCGGUCGGUAUUCUCCCAGUACUCCCACAGUGUGGGAUCGUCCCCCACCAGGGUGCCACCUCAAGCCCUCGGCGUGCCUGUCCCUGGGAUAGACAGGGACCAGAGCCCGCACUUUCCUCUCAUCGAACGCUGCAGAGCAAGAAGCACCAGGUCGGGUCGCGGGGGCAGCAGCCUAAGCAGGGAAGCCCAGACUUCCCUCUCCCCAGCCACUUCGUCCAGCUCCUCCCGGUGGAUCCCGAGGCGUUCCCAGGCCAGCCGGGAGACAGUGGCCAACGAGGCUCAAUUGCCAGAGGUGAUCUGCACAGUCGCUACAUGGACAUCAAAUCUUUGGGAAAGCGGGGAACACCUUUGUCAGGUCUCAGAUGGGGAGGAGAACGGCCACACAUACUGGGGCAUCCAGAAGCACACAAAGUGGCCAAUCUUCCUAUACCACAGAGCAGGCUUCUUACACGGCCACCUCUAUCCACGUCCAAGAACAAUGUCGUCUGCUGCCCAACAUUCCUAAACAACAGAGGGCUACCACACCGCGGCACAGGUGCUGAGGUGGUUGGUCUUAAAAAGGAUGUUAAAGCACCAGAGGGCGCUGCAGGAGGCCUGUUGGCGAAGAAGCAAGCUAGAAGCAGCAGUGGGUGCUCUUGGACUGUGGGAAACAGCUGCUGGUCUGCCCAACAGGUGAAGCAGAUGCAGGUAUACAGGAGCACAUGUCCAUGGUGAUGGCUGUGGUAUAUGUACUGCAUAUAUGUAAUGUCAGCUUGCCACUGUUCUGAAACAGAAUAGCAUUCAUAUGGUGUUCAUUGCCAUAAAUGCUUGGUUUGCACACCAAAUUGUAGUCAAUAAUUGUUAAAUACAUGACGUCACUAAGACAGUAAGACUGUUUCCUGCUCAAUUAGAAAACCCUGUGCCAGUUUUCUUUCACUCUGUGGAGUAAAAACAGACGUAAGAGCAGUAAGUGGUGUGAGUCAGUGUUGUACCAAUUUACAAAUACAAAAGUACAAAGUGAUAGCAUGUGGAACAUUAUGUGCACUCAUAAAAGAAUGUGUGAGUCACAAAGAACCAUGGACAUGCCCCUUGAUCAUUCACAAGCUGAACUCGGCCUCAUAGCUCACAAUAGUAAUAAUUCUUACAGGGCAGAGGUGACCUUAACUAUCAAGAGACAUUUUGCCACCUUUUCCACUAAAGAAAAAUAGUACAGAGCAGUGAGAUGUAAUACAGCUUAUAAACUUGUGAAAGUUUUGGCAUUUUUAUUUGUUGUUUUUUUACAAUCAGUCCUUGUGAAAUGAAAUUAUUUUUCCUUUUCUACUUUAUUUUUUGGCACAUAUUUAUAGUUACCUUACCCAAUGGGUGUCACACUCGAGAAGCUAAACUAAACACACAGUUUUACAAUCUCUUUUACUUGACUUCCUUUCACUUCAUUCAUGGCCUCACAGUCAAAAAAUUAUACAACUCUCUUUAAAAAUUCCAACUUUUCUCACUUCGGGGUAAAAAAAAAAACACAGAAGAGCAGACAACUGAACCUUGGCCAAGAAAUAUUUUUCAAUAAAGUACUUUAUUUUUUCUUACAAAUGUAUUUGUCCUUU